GGCAAGGAGCAAAUCAAGCUCUGAAAAUAACAGAAAUUCAGUUAGUUAUAGCUUUGUAACAAACCACUUGUAGAGCAGCGACAGUCUGGACUCCAGACUAUAGUUUUAACUUCAGGUCGCCAACGCGGACAGAAGCAAGGGAACUAUAAAAGGAGGAGGAGGACAGGAAGAGACACGAUGUCAACACAGGCAGACCCAGCCAACAUCGGCAAAGUGCUCGGUUUUCUUCGAGAGUGGGACCGUGGUGACAGGAGGGUCCGCAGCCGCAUGUUGAACACCUUCCUGACUCAAAACACAGGGAAGACGUUUUAUGAGCUGGAGCUGGAGUUUGCUCAGGUGGCCAGCCUCUUUCUGGCUCGACUCACCACCUGGAUGAGACUCACAUACAUGUUUGGAACGUUCUUGGGAAUGCAACUUAAAGCGAUUGGGAUUUUCCUCUCUGCAUCAAGCCAUGAUCAGUACCUGAUGGAGUUCCUGGAGGAUGGAGGUGUUCUCACUCUCCUGGACAUCUUGGGCCACUUUCAGAGCAAAGAGGAGGAGAAGACAGAGGCCCUUCGUCUUCUGCUCACCAUCUCAAAUGCUGGUCGCAAGUACAAAGAAAUAAUAUGUGAAAGCCAUGGUGUGAAAGCCAUAGCAGAGUGCCUGGCUAAGUCAAACACAGAUGAAACCCAAGAGACAGCCUGGGCUCUCCUGGAGUCCCUCUCCCAUGGAAACCCCAAAUAUCAAAACCAAAUCUACAAAGGUCUGAUUGCUCUCAUGACUUGUACCUCCCCUAAGGCCCAGCAGCUGGCCCUGCACACCGUACACACUGUCCAGUCCAAAAUGAAAACAGCCCAUCACAGCAUUGUGGAACCUCUGCUGAAUAUGCUGAGGUCCCUGCACCUGGAGGUUCAGGAUGGAGCUAUAAAUCUGAUCUUAGACCUGAGGGGUCAUGAAAUGAGGCCGCUGCUGCUCAAUGGACUCGUGGUUCUGCUGAGGCCCACGAAAGAAGAAGUGCAGCAUCACAUGCAUAUGAAAGAAUCUGAGAGGAUCAAGUUGACUGGAUCUCUGCCUGUGUUCGUGCAACAAGCUGCUGCAGCUAAAACUAUACGCUUGCUGGCCAAAGACAGUCAGGAGGUUUCUCAUGAGCUCCUCUCUCUCGGAGUGAUCCAACAUCUUCUGUACGCUAUGGGCAACAGAGAACACGCUGAUGCCCAAAUACAAGCCAGUCUGGCCUUGGAGCACUUUGUCCGCUCAUACCCGGUUAUUGAGGAACAUGUGCAGAGAGGCAUCGGCAGCACACUGUUUGCAGCCUUUAUGCACCAAGCUGACACUUUGUACAUGAAUAUGGAUGAAAUUCAAGCAGAAAUCCUGCUCACGAACAAGGUUAACAUAACUGAAGUUUGAGAUGGUGACAACUUUGAAGGCUGAAAGGAAGGACAAAUCAUUUUAAUCAUGCAAAUUAAUACAAUUUAGUUGGUUUGUUUUUCAAAGACAGUUUAAUUAUUU